AUGGGCCAAGACCGAGGUCCUCUUGCCAUGUGCAUCUUGCUUCCAGGCAUCUAUCAAUUGGUGACCAUCACCAUGGACGAGUACCAUACCAAGCACACUGCCUGGUAUCAGGCUUCUGUCGAAGCCUUCGGCAACAAGGCGGCAAAACAGGACCUUGCCAGUUUCAAUGACUCAAAUAGUACACCCAACCCGGACAUGAUAGUUGCAGCCCGAUUGCGUCCGAUCUUGGAGGACGAAGUGGCUGCUGGCCUCAUCAGGGGUGUCUUCCCCCGCAAGAGCGGUAAUGGCGCUGUCGACAUUCACCAAGUUCGAAAGCACGUUAAGCCACUAGGGCCACCAACACUCAUCUCUACGUCAGUCCGCCUCGACCGUGCCUACGGCCCGGAAGACACCUCUGAGCAGAUCUAUCAAGACUUAGUACAGCCACUAGUUCCUUGGGCAUGGUGCGGCGGCGUGAGCACCAUGUUUGCAUAUGGCCAAACAGGUUCCGGCAAAACAUUCACCGUCAGCGCUAUAGAAAAGCUGGUUGCUCAAUCGUUGAUGGACGGAAAUCUUGAGGGCGAACGAAAAGUCUAUGCGUGCAUCAUUGAGCUGGCGGGCAACUCCUCUUUUGACCUAUUGAAUUCACGCAAGCCUAUUUCCAUCUUGGAAGACUCUUUUGGCGUCACGCAGCUUGCUGGGGCCAUGGAGUUCGAGGUCACUGAAGCAGCCACCUUGCUUGACCUAAUCGACAGAGCAGCGAGUUUUCGUCGCACUGCAUCCACUCUGAAGAAUGAUGCGUCGUCACGAUCUCACGCCAUUUGCCGGAUACGUAUCGAAAACCCCGAAAUUCCAACGGACGAUGAUGGACUUUUGUAUCUUGUCGAUUUGGCAGGGUCUGAAGCCGCUCGAGAUGUGGCCAACCACACCGCCGACCGUAUGAAGGAGGCUCGUGAAAUCAAUACGAGCUUGUCAGUGCUGAAAGACUGCAUCAGGGGCAGAGCCACGAUCGAUGCAGCAUCACUGACAGGAAAGCCCAAGAAGCCGACGCACAUCCCAUUCCGCCAGAGCUCCCUCACCAAGAUUCUCAAGCAUGUGUUUGAUCCCGCCGGCCGGCGAAGUUGCAAAACUGUAGUUGUGGCCUGUGUAAACCCCAGUCUUCCAGAUGCCGGCGCUGGUAAGAACACACUGAAGUACGCCGAGAUGCUGCGGGUACUCCUGCCCAAGACGAAAUCUCAGGCCUAUAACCCCAAGGUUCCUUCUUCGUGGUCGAACGGCGAAUUAAAGAGUUGGAUCAAUGCAAACUCCGGAAGCCCUGAAAUUUCAGGGGAUGUUCUAGCCCCCUUCGAGACGGGUGCGCUUCUUCUUCGCCUUCCCACGCCUGAGUUUCUCACGCGGUGUUUAAAGAGCCCUGGCGUUACGCCAGACCAGGCUCGUGCAUUUCAAGCCAAGUUAUGGCGCUUACACGUUGAUUCUCAAAAGCCCAGUACAAAGCUGUCCGAGGCCAAGACUGAAGACGAUUCCCUUCUGGAGAGGAAUGAUAAAAAGACAGCUAUGAACCAGGAAAUGCUCUCCUCGAGCGCUGAUCCGGACCCGAAGGCUGCCCAGAGACCUUUCAAAGAGCGGAUUCGUCCUGGAAUGGUAGUACGCUGGAGCCCGCCACCAGCAUUCUCUCUAGGAAUCGACGGGAUGAAUAUGGUGGUUGUGCUGAGUCCUCAGUCUGCCGUGCGGUCAAAAGUGCGGGAUGUAAGCGGCGAGCUGAUCAAUGAUGCAAGCAAGAACGGCGAGGGUAACAAGUAUCUCUGUGCAAUGGUUCUUCCUGGGUUUAUGGCUGACUCUUAUGAGUUGAGCAUGUGGCGUCAAGUUGUUGUCGAUGUUGACGAGAUGGAGGCGGAAGUGCUCCUGGAGUAUGAUACGGCAACGAGGUAUUACUACGUGACAGUCUAA